AUAGUCUUUUGAUUUAUUUUAACAUCGAAAACCUAAAAGAAGCUCCCAAGGUUUUAGCCGGAGAAGAAAUUAUGCAGGGUUUGGCGGCGACGGCCACCACUGGCUCUCUUAUUUUCCUCGCUCCCAGAUAUAGCAGGAAGCAUCAUAGUCCAAUCCUAAAGAAGUAUUUGAAUCAAAGGGUGUCUUUCCCCAGGCUCGAUUCAUUCCCAAAACUAAAACUGUCAGAAAACUCAAGAUCUCUCCGUCAGAUUGCUCCUCUUUCAGCAUCAUAUAAACGUAUCUCUGGUCAUGGUUUGCCGCCCAUAGAAGAAGGUUUUCGGAGACGUCAACAGAGACGAUUAGAGCCUGCGUUCGAAGACGACUUCUUCAAAAUCAAACUGCCUAAACUUGCUGAGAGACCAGAGUGGUGGUGGAGGACACUGGCUUGUAUCCCUUAUCUGAUAUCCCUCCAAUUAUCUGAUGUUGGGUUCUACGUCCUACCUUUUCUAGAAAAGUUCGACGCCAUUGGAAACUUGAUUUUCUUCAUCCCCGGAGUGAUAAACAGAUGGCCGAGCUGGUUCGUCAUGUUGUACUGUUACUUGGGUUACACGUUCGUGGCCAAGAACAAACAAGUGCCUCAUUUCUUUAGGCAUCACAUGAUGAUGAGUAUGCUUCUCGAAACAGCUCUUCAGAUCGUUUGGUGCACCAGCAACUUCUUCCCGCUGAUUAAUUUAAAAGGACGGCUUGGGAUGUAUUACUGGAUGGCGAUCGGGUUCACAUACAUCUGUGUGCUUCUUGAAUGCAUACGGUGCGCUCUCGCUGGAGUUUAUCCUCAGAUUCCUUUCGUGACCGAUGCUGCUUCCAUUCACACUUCCGGGACCAUUAAGGUGAGAAGAUGAUACUCUGGUAGUGUUGCAUAAUUGAUAUAGGAAACAGAUUUUGUUCUUUUCCUUCGUCGGAGAGAGGUUGCGUCUUAUCAGUACCGAGAGUCUUUUGUUUAGUCUUUUUGGCUUAGUGUCAGACUGUCAGUGUCUCAUCUGUAAAACAUAAAGAAAUCUCUACGAGGGCAGCUUAAAUCUAUCAAUUUUUAAUGUCAAUAAAUUGGUCGGAGUGGCCCACGGCCAUGCAUGAUUCCA